CGGCGGACUACUUACUUCCUCGUCGUCACUACUUACAACACCUCUGAGGAAGUGAAACAUCCGGCAUGUCUUCCCCUUCGUCGUCGAGGCCUCCAGCAACGACGGCGACGCUCAAGACGUCGCCACGAAAGCGCAGCUAUCGCGCCCUGCCAAAGGUCUCGUCUCCGCCCAAGCGCACCCUAGCUUUGCCGACGAACACGAACGAGUCCGUCGCGACGGCGGCGGAGACCCAGUGCAUCGCGGCGACGAAGCAGCAGCAUCACGGCCGCUGCUGGUCUCAUGAGCUCCUAUUCCUCCUCCUCGACAAGCCCGCGCAUCGGCAGCAGAAGGGCCCUGCCAGGCGACAACGGCGACGAUAUCAACGAUGGCGACGAUCCCAGCCCCAGACCAGGACUGGCAUCACAAGAAUCGGAUCGGUCGGAUGCGACGUUCGCAGGUGGGGCCACCGAGACUUUCCACGAUGCUCGAGCUGCUCUCGGCAGAGGCGUGCCCUCGGCCCAUCACAUGGCCGUCGUCACGCUCUUGGGCGCGCUGGCCCAGGGCAUGCCACUCGCGAGUAUGUUCAAGGCGUACAGCUACAUGAUGUGUCGCGUCUACGACAGCAGGAAUGCCAACGACGGAGGAUCCGGCACCGAGCAUCUGGGCGCAAGCAUGAUGCUACCUCCAGCACCCGAGCUGCCCUCUUCGCCCUCAUGUAACGACCCUUGGGUCCAGAAGGCGACGUCGAGCUAUGCGGCAGCGAUGGCCACAGUCGGCGCCCUGCUCGGCCUGGUCCUCCUCGAUCGGUGCAGCCGCAUCUCCCGGCGCUUCGGUCGCAAACCCCUCAUGCUCUUCACCCACACCCUCCUCGCGCUGGCCUUUCUCGUCUUCCGGCUCAGCGUCAGCUUGCCCACCUAUGUCGGUGCAGCGCUCCUCUACCUCUCCGUCGUCAUCUUCGAAGCGAGCGCAGGCGCACCCCUACGAAUCGCUGUGCAGAACUACGUCGUCGACGUCACGACAGAAACGCAGCGCGCCGGUGCCCUCUCCUUCAUCGAUGGCUUCGGCCAGAUGGGCGCCUUUCCCAGCAGCACCCUCGGCGGUUGGCUUGCCGCAUCCACGCAAAAGUUUUUUGCGCCCUUCUAUGCAGCCGUGGCCAUCUAUGCGGCCGCCGUGGCAUACAUUCUCGUCCUUGUCCCCGAGAGCAAGCGAAACAGGCACCACACCCUCAUCGACGACUUUGAGCACUUUGGCGAGGAGGGCAGCCACCCUGACCGGCACAAAUCUCCAAAGGUUGGCAACGGGGGCCUGACUGGAGGCGCGGACGGCGACGGGACCACAGAUGACGACGAUGAGAGCAACGAUGGCGCGGACCAAGAGCAGCGACGGCGCACGGCGCAGAGGAGGAUCUCCUACGUCAGCACGGCGCCCUCGGAAUCGGCCUCUGGCGCUGCUUCAGUGUCUCUAGUUCGACGCCUGAUUUACAGGCUCAAUUUCCUCGCCCCCAUCUCCAUCUUCUGGCCUCGCCGCAAGCCGCAUCACCACCCGUCGUCGGAUCACAGCGCCGUCCACAUCGACGCAAGGGAUGGAGAAGGACCAGCUAAGAAGGGGCCCAUGGACUACAGACUGUUGAACCUGGCGCUGAUUGUCGUCUUUGAAGAGUCCUUUCAAGUAUUUCUCGUCCCCGUCCUCAUUCUCUACAACACCGAAGUGUUCAAGUACGAUGUUGUGCAGAACGGAUACCUCGUCAGCCUCCUUCAGGGCGUCAGGGCUCUGUACCUCACCGCCAUCUUCCCGCCAGCGGUCGCCAAGGCGCGCGAGUGGAUCAAAGAGCGCGUCAAGAGGAGAGCAGCUGCCAGGGCCCAAAAGCAGGUACACGGUGAUAGCCACGCGGGCGAGCGCGAACCGCUGCUGAGGCAGAGGAACGGGCUCGAGGGCGAGGCUGGAAAGAGGCCUCCUCCUGCACCUGGAAGGGGCGUGGCAACGCGCGACACAGCGCUGGACUCGAACGGAUCUCCAUCUCACGCGCUGGGCCAAGAUGGGGAAGUGCCACCCACACAGACGGAAGAGGCGGCCGUGGCCAAGCGUGACCAGCGUGGAAAGCUCGAUGUGGCCAUCCUCCUGGUCUCCUACCUCCUCUCAGCCGCCAGCUUUGUGCUGCUGGCCCGGACGAGGGCGGACCAGAAGGUGGCUGCGCCAUGGGUCGGCCUCGCGCUCGGCAUCGUGGGCCUACAGCUCGGCGCCGGUGCCACGUCAGUCCGCACAGCGCUCAUCGUCAAUGCCGUUUCGCACCCAGACGAAGACGACGUCGACGGGGGCGACGGCAGCAGCAGCCACGCAAGCUCGUCGCUGCAGUCAAAGGCCCUCGCCGCCAACCAGAUUCUCUGCACGGCCGUAUACGCCAUCGUCCCGCUCCUGACGAGCGCCGUCUACGGCUGGGGCCUCCAGCGCGGCCAGCCCCAGGUCGUCUGGUACUUUAAGGCAAUCUUCGCGGGCCUCAGUGCCCUCGGCAGCGGUGUGCUGCUGCUGCAUCACAGGAACCACCCGCCUUCAUAAUAACCGUCAUUCCCCCUCUUAAUUACUCACAACAAGACGCAAAUGCAGAUUUUGUAGAGAAAAUGGUGUGCAGCGAUAUACAGGCGUGGCCUCACCUUCUCAGCCGAUUUGGGCAGUGUUCGUUGCCGUUCAAAUUUUGCGAUGUAGGGAC